CCUCCGUCGACCCGCCUUUUAUCUCCUCUGCUGACCUCCUGCUCGCUACUACUUGCCUUCAACUCACCGCUACCACCCCGUCAUCACCCAUCUAUCAUGGCCCCCAAGAAGCGCUGCCAACUCCAAAACGAGACUCCUUGCAACUCUGCAGCUCUCCGCAUAGUUGGGCAGUGCCCACAUUGUCGAGCUGAGUUCUGCGGAACGCAUCGUCUCCCAGAGCACCACAAUUGCAACAAGCUUGAGGACUGUCGUCAACAAGCUUACGAGCGCAACAAGGCAAAGCUAGAGAGCGAGCGCACGGUGGCUUCUAAGAUGACCACUGUUUAACGGGUCAGCCGUUAGCAUUCACGACUAUUGGUGUCCAUCACCCUGUCGCAUCGAGACAGCAUGGCGAACUCUCACUAGGCGCCUUGAGGUAGACCCGACAUCUAUCACGUAUUUAUGUUUGCAUUUCAUUUCAUGAUACCACGCUAGUACCGUAGGCUCUCCCUUCCAACGAACAUCACCUAGAGCUACCUUUCUGGGCUGUAUCUUGGUUUAAUAGACUGCUCUUUAAUAUUGCUUAGCACGCUCG